AUGACAGCCGUCGUGGAGAAGCACUUCAGCGGCUUUUUGGCCAAUGCCAAAUCGCGGUCAGGCAAAACUGUGCAAAGCUGGGAGCAAGAAAAGACCAGCCUUGUUUUGAAGUUCGACGACUUUUAUAAACAUGAGUGUUCAAAUCUGCCCUCUGAUCUUCCAGAGCAGGCCCUGACGGUCUUAAAAAGACUCCAUGCAAAGGCCAAAGACGGUAUCGAAGCGAUGUUCAACACCUGCAAAGCUUCACAACGCAAAGAUGCCGAUGAUUUCGGAACCGGUCUAACGAAGCUGGCAUCCACUGUCAAGAAGGCCAGUGACAAAGAGAUCCUACGAUUGGAAGACGAGGUCCAUAAAUCCAAGUUGGCCGUGGAAUCCUUCAAGCGUCAAAUCAAGUCACGCUUAAAUGACAGCCGGGAGCCCGACCCAGAGACAAGCCCCGACUUUACCGCCCAUCUCCUCGCCUGUUGUCUCGCCCGUUUCUAG